GAGAGAGAGGAGAGACGGAGAGGAGAGAGAGAAAGGAGGAGGGCACAGAGACAGAAACACUUGUCAAGGCUGAGGGUAAUUGAAACUAAGCCCUUAGGGGCUGAAGUCCCUGGAAACGGUGCUUAUUUGGUUUUAUUUUUUAAAGUGGCUUUAUUCUCCCCACCACCACUCCACAAGAAAGCCUGAAGCACAAAUACAUUUCUUCAUCCACCUGCUAUUGGCUUCCAGAACACAACUAUUCCAACUCAGAGAUGGAGUUUCUGGACGUGAACAGCUCUUUGCUCAGCAAAGAAUGCACAGUAUGAUCAGCUCAGUGGAUGUAAAGUCAGAGGUUCCUGUGGGAUUGGAGCCCGUCACCCCACUGGACUUGCGAACAGAUCUCAGGAUGAUGGUUCCCAUUGUGGACCCAAUUAUGCGCGAAAAGCAGCUCCAGCAGGAGCUACUUCUGAUCCAGCAGCAGCAGCAAAUUCAGAAACAACUUCUGAUUGCGGAGUUUCAGAAACAGCAUGAAAACUUGACCCGACAGCACCAGGCCCAGCUCCAGGAGCACAUCAAGUUACAACAGGAACUCCUCGCCAUUAAACAACAGCAAGAACUCCUUGAAAAGGAGCAGAAACUGGAGCAGCAGAGGCAAGAGCAGGAGCUAGAGAGACAUCGCAGGGAACAGCAACUUCCUCCCCUCAGAGGCAAAGAAAGAGGCCGAGAAAGGGCAGUGGCAAGCACAGAAGUGAAGCAGAAACUUCAAGAGUUCCUGUUGAGUAAAUCAGCAACAAAAGACUCUCCAACUAAUGGGAAGAAUCAUUCCACGAGCCGCCACCCCAAGCUCUGGUACACGGCUGCCCACCAUACCUCACUGGAUCAAAGCUCUCCACCCCUGAGUGGGGCCUCUCCGUCAUACAAAUACACUUUACCAGGAGCACAGGAUGCCAAGGAUGAUUUUCCACUUCGAAAAACUGCCUCGGAGCCCAACUUGAAGGUGCGUUCCAGGUUAAAACAGAAGGUGACAGAAAGGAGAAGCAGCCCCUUACUCAGGCGGAAGGAUGGAAAUGUUGUCAGUUCAUUCAAAAAGAGACUGUUUGAAGUGACAGAGUCGUCAGUUAGUAGCAGUUCUCCAGGAACAGGGCCCAGCUCACCAAGCAACGGCCCUACUGGAAGUAUGACAGAAAAUGAAACCUCACUUUUGCCAUCUAAUUCUCAAGCUGAGCACUUGGUUUCACAACAACGUAUUCUGAUUCAUGAAGAAUCGAUGAACCUGUUGAGUUUGUAUACUUCUCCUUCUUUGCCCAACAUUACCUUGGGACUUCCAGCGGUACAAUCCCAGUUCAGUGCUUCAUCUUCACUCAAAGAAAAACAGAAGUGUGAGACCCAGACACUGAGGCAGGGAGUGGCUCUUCCUGGACUGUAUGGGGGAAACAUGCCUCCCUCUUCAGCUCAGCCUCAUAUUGCUCUAGAGGGAAAACCUAACAGUAGCCAUCAGGCUCUCCUGCAACAUUUGUUACUGAAGGAACAAAUGAGACAGCAAAAGCUUCUUGUGACUGGAGGGGUUCCUCUCCAUCCACAGUCUCCAUUAGCAUCAAAGGAGAGAGUCUCACCAGGCAUCAGAGUUGCCCACAAGUUGCCUCGUCAUAGGCCCCUGAAUCGAACCCAGUCAGCUCCACUGCCUCAGAGCACUUUGGCCCAGCUGGUCAUUCAGCAGCAGCACCAGCAGUUCCUGGAGAAGCAGAAACAGUACCAGCAACAGAUUCACAUGAACAAAAUGCUCUCUAAAUCCAUCGAACAGCUAAAGCAGCCUGGCAAUCAUCUAGAAGAAGCUGAAGAAGAGCUUCAUGGAGAUCAUGCUAUGCAGGAAGAAAGAGCUCCCUCUAGUGGUAACAGCAUUAGGGAUGACAGCUGCAGCAUUUGUGUGGAUGACAGAAUAGGACAGCAUGUGGGGGCUGUGAAAGUGAAAGAGGAGCCACUGGACACUGAUGACGAUAAUCAAACCCAGCAAAUGGAAUCUGGGGAGCAGGCUGCUUUUAUGCAACAGCAGAUCCUGGAGCAUCAGCGUAUCCACCAGUUGCAAAUGUACCAGGCUCAGAUGGCUACAGUUGGCAUGGCAGGAUUAGAUAAACAUCGGCCUGUUUCCAGGACCCAGUCUUCCCCUGCUGCUUCCACAUUACCUCAUCCAGCAAUGGACCGGCCCAUCCAGCCUGUCUACAUGACUGGUGUUGUCUAUGACAGUCUAAUGCUGAAGCACCAAUGCAUGUGUGGCAACUACGCCAAUCAUCCUGAGCAUGCUGGAAGAAUACAAAGCAUCUGGUCGAGGCUGCAAGAAACAGGGUUGCUAAACAAAUGCGAGCGAAUUCGAGGUCGAAAAGCCAGUCUGGAGGAAAUACAGCUGGUUCACUCUGAACAUCAUUCACUGCUAUAUGGCACCAGCCCCCUGAACAGACAGAAGCUGGACCCCAGGAAACUCCUAGGCAGCGUGUCUCAAAAAAUCUUUUCCUUGUUGCCUUGUGGGGGACUUGGGGUGGACAGUGACACCAUUUGGAAUGAGCUGCAUUCGUCCGGCGCUGCACGCAUGGCUGUUGGCUGUGUCAUCGAACUGGCUUCCAAAGUAGCCUCUGGAGAGCUGAAGAAUGGUUUUGCUGUUGUAAGGCCCCCAGGCCAUCAUGCUGAAGAAUCAACAGCCAUGGGGUUCUGCUUUUUUAAUUCGGUUGCAAUUACUGCCAAAUACUUGAGAGACAAGCUAAAUAUAGGCAAGAUAUUGAUUGUAGAUCUGGAUGUUCACCAUGGCAAUGGUACACAGCAGGCUUUUUAUGCUGACCCCAGCAUCCUGUAUGUUUCCCUCCAUCGCUAUGAUGAAGGCAACUUCUUCCCUGGCAGUGGAGCCCCAAAUGAGGUUGGAAGAGGCCUUGGCAAAGGAUAUAAUGUAAAUAUUGCUUGGACAGGUGGCUUGGAUCCCCCCAUGGGAGAUGUAGAGUACCUAACAGCAUUCAGGACUGUGAUUAUGCCAAUUGCCAAUGAGUUUGAUCCGGACAUUGUCCUAGUAUCAGCUGGAUUUGAUGCUGUGGAAGGCCACGAUGCUCCAUUAGGCGGGUACAAAGUCACAGCUAAAUGUUUUGGUCACCUAACGCAGCAGUUGCUGAAGCUAGCAGCUGGCCGUGUGGUGCUGGCACUGGAGGGAGGACAUGACCUUACUGCCAUCUGUGAUGCAUCUGAAGCCUGCGUAAAUGCCCUUCUAGGAAAUGAGCUGGAGCCUCUCCCAGAAGAUAUGCUGCACCAAACCCCUAAUAUGAAUGCAAUGGCUUCUUUACAAAAGGCCACUGAAAUUCAAAGCAAGUACUGGAAGUCAGUGAAGCCGUAUCCUGUGCUAGUGGGUUGUGCUCUGGCUGAGACUCAGAAACAAGAGAGAGAGGAGACGGAGACUGUCUCUGCUAUGGCCUCACUGUCAGUGGAUGUUGAACAGUCUUUUUCUCAGGAAGACAGCAGAGCUGCUGGCGAGCCCAUGGAAGAAGAGCCAGCCUUGUGAAGUGCCAAGUCCUCCCUGAUAUUUCCUGUGUGUGACAUCAUUGUGUAUCCCCCCAAAGCACCCUCAGACAUGUCUUGUCUGCUGCUUGGGUGGCACAGAUCAGAUGGAACAUAAACACUGGGCACAAAACUCUGAACAGCAGCUUCACUUGUUCUUUGGAUGGACUUGAAAGGGCCCUAAAGAUUCCUUAAAUGUAACCACUACAAUUCUAAAGUUACAAUAAAUCAGGCUUGAGAGAAAGAGCCUAGUGCAUGCUUUUAAUAUGCUGUGUGACCCACUCACUGACAUAAAUUGUGAAAUAGAAAUAUUAAAAUAUUCUACAUGAUAGAUUAUUGAUAGUUACAAGAAUUGCAAAAUCCAGCAAAAUUCUGGGGAAACGCCACGAAUCACUCUUUCUGACAUUCUGAAACACUUUUUACUGGGUAAUUGUUUUCACACUGUGUUAAAUUGUUAAUAGAAUUUGUUUUCUGUGCUCAGUGUAAUGAAAUAAUGGAUAGCUCAUAAACUGUGUCUUAUUUAAGGCAAUGUACUGAAAUCUUGUUUGGAUAAAUUAAAGACGUAAAUUAGGAUGAGGGAAUUUUAGCUAAAAAGAAAGCACUGCUUACUGUACUUUAAGUCCCCCAAAGUACUGUGCUUAGUGGUGCUUUAUUUUAUUUUCUCUCUUUCUAGAAUUAUAUCCCUGUUUAAUGUAUAAUUUUAUAUCAAUAACACCAUAAUCAAGGUUCUCUACAAUGAGUGAUCUUCUGCCUUUUUAAAAAUGCUGCACUCUGCAUAGUUGACAGUAGCUUUCAGCAUAUGUGCAUUAGAGACUCAAAUAGUCUCUGAAAAAUGGAUGACUUUUCAAAAGUUGUUUCAGUUUAUUUUGCAUCCUGACUUUCAGAAGAAAAAGUAUCUGUGUGCAGCUCAUUGGAAGCUCAGGUGUUUCUGCAGUGAUAAUUUGUUGAGAGGUUUUUUUUACAUCACCAUCUGAAUGCAAACAGAUUAUUUGCAUUACUGCAGACCCACAGAAGUUAGUGUUGCUUAAAAAGUUUCAAAGGGUUUAGUCUAUAUUUUAGAUCCUUUAAAGCAAAAUGUCCUUGAAAAGUGACUUUAACUCCUUAAAUUAAUGUUUGAGAGCGUAACAUAGAAUUGUGCCUUUAUCUGAUAAUGAACACUUAAACUAUUACACGUGUUGCCUUACUGUCAGAGAAGGUAAAAGGGAACAGGGCAUUUAUGUAGAAUACUUUAAAUAAACACAAAUUGUGAUACAGCAAGUUUAGUUUUGUUUACAACUUGCCCCCCACCACCAGUCAACCCUGGGAGCUGUUUUACUUACCUUGAAGAAUUCUACUUGCAGUAUUUGAAAGCUGGCUUUGCUUUUGAAAGUAAGUGAUGUUCAUUUUUUAUAUAUUUUCCAAACUCAAAGGAUAUAUUAAAGCCAUAAGUGAAGACUGUCAUGCUUUUUAUUCAGAAAUCUGAAAGAAACCUUAAUUAAAACAAGAUUUUGGGGAAUGCCAUGAUAUGAAAGAUAUGGAACAAUAUGGUUUCAGUUAUAGGGGACUCAAACCUGUAAAUCAAAGAUGAAAGAUUUCACUCAAAUAGAAUUAUAUAAUUCUCUUUUGUUAUGCAGUCAGACUAUAUUUUUCAAGCAUUUGGGUUUGUUUACAAUUAGCAUUUUAAUUUUAAAGACUUUUAUUACUUAUACAAAAACUCUCUUGGAAAUCUUGGAAAUUUGAGGCACUCUUUGAAAUAGGAAAUCUGAAAGGAAUGUAAUUUCCUAUAACGAAGUAGACUUCUAUUUUGAAAGAGUUAUGUUAAAAUGGAUAUAUACCAUUCAUUAAUUUUAAAAAUAAAAUAAAAUUCUACCCACACUUUUAUGAGGUAAUUCCUGCUUGUUUUACUAAUGCAAAUAGUCCCAACAGGCUAAAUUCAUUCGGGUGUAAUUCUCUCCCAUGGAAUUACACCAAAGCUGAAUAUAGUCCAUUGACUUGAAUGGGACUGUUCGGAUAAAUAAAGCAAUCAGGAUUUGGUCCUGUAUUAUCAAAGGAGCUUGUCACAACAAUCUUACCUGUCAGUUAUUGCAAUUUUCUAGUAAUCAUCAAAGAAACUGUGCUUCAAGGAAACCAAGAACCAUGGCUGAUGGAUUGGGUAUUUUAAAAAGUUUGUCCUGGUUUAAAACAAUGUGUAAUAUUUUAAUUGGAUAGAUAAUUGAGAAGAUUUAAAAAUAACCUAAAAAUCUAUUUGCAUUUUCUAGCAUAUAUGCAAAUAAGAAUUACUGAUCUACAGUAAUGUAACUCUGUAUUUAUGGGGGGGAAUGUGCAGGCAUCAGCUAAGUCAGUCUUGGUAAUUGGAAUCAUUUUACAAAUUCCAAGACCAUUUGAAUUAAAAACACAUUAUUAAAUCAAUCACACAUUCAUGCUUUCCUAUAGACAGAUAUUCAUAUAUAAGUGUACACUGUUGGUUCCAGUUAGAAUCAUUUGGAUAAGCAAAUGUGCAGAUAAACUACACAUAGGAUUAAUUACAGAUGAUCGUGUGCCUGCUCUUGUUCCCACUGAAGUCAAUAACAAAACACUCAUUGAUUUAAAUGGAAGGAAGAUCAGGCCUUGUAUUUGCAAGUUCAGAGCACCAUUGCUUUUUGAUUAUACCAUUACAAGACACACCAUAGCCCUGUGGGACAUGACUGAAGCUUAUGGAGAAUAUCAACACUCUCUUUAAAACAAACCAGUGCCUUCUGAGAGGGCAGUUUCACUUGCUGCUGUUUUAUUCUCACCUUGUUUUUUUUAAUUUUUGUAAUCAACAAUAGCUCCCUAUAGGAGGCUGUUAGACCACAUUUAGUCUACCGCAAAAGUUAAUGUAAAAGUAAUGUUAUAUGUCAGACCUCUCCUAUUUAAGCACAGAUUUUAGCCAUAUCUCUUGGUCAAUUAUCACACCACCCACUUAAAAAUGCUUGUUUCCAAAAGUGUUCACUAAUUUUAGGUAUCUCCAUUUUUCAGUCUCCAAGUUUAGAUACAUAAGAACUAAUUUACAGAGGAAUGGCAGACUUGUAGCGCCCAUUGACUUAAACUUGAGUUGGACACGACUGGCACUUCUGAAAAUUAGGCCUCCAGUGUCUAAAGUUGGCCACCAAAAAAAAUGAGGCUCACAAAAUUAGAUUACUUCUGAAAAUGUGGGCCUAAAUAGUCAUACAAUGGGACAUUCCUAUGGGAGCCACGAUGUCAUGGAGAAGGUGGAGUCAGAGGAGGUAUACAGAGGCCCUGGACCUCCAUGUGAUUCUCCUACCCACUAUGGAAGUCAGAACCGCACAAGGUUUGGGGACUCCCCCACCAUUUCUAUGGGUGUAAACCCCUGGCUCAGGUGAGAGACCUUGCAGGAAAUUCAGAAUAGAAACUCAUAGUGAUUCUAAGCCCCUGUAUCUGAUAAACCAGAUGGGAAUAGCAUGUAGCACAAUAUGAAGGCCAACUUGUUUUUCUCCAUUAUAAUACUUUUACCGGAUUGGGGUGGAAAUAACAAUGAAUAUUCAACUGCUAAUAACUCAGUGUAUCCUGUGGUUCAUUUUCUGACUUUUCUUGUGGGAAUCAUAUGUGUACUAAUUUGCUUUAGUACAAGCUGCAGCAAUUAUGGGCCUGAUUCUGUGGUUCUUACUUCCCACAAAAGUAAUCCAAGUCCACAGAAGUCUGGCCAAUGUGAGGACUGCAGGAUUGGUCCUUUGCUUGCAUACCUACUUAAUUUUACUUACCAUGAAAGUGAGGAAACUAGUUUGAGGAAAUCAAACCUGAAAAAUCCACUAACCUUUCUUAUAUAAAACUAAUAAAAUAACUAGAGAAUAAAAAUAGCUCUUAUAUAAGCAAAGAUUACUUUGUCUUUUAUAUUAAAAAAAAAAACCAAAGCACAGCUAAGGAUACGGUGGCAAAAUUAUUCUCUGUCUGGAAUGUCUUGGGUUUUUUUUUUCCUGCAGAUAUCUUGUCUGAGUACAAACUCCCUUAAAAGCUGGGAAGCAUAAUUGGAGAUGAAAUAUUAGAAAGGUUGUGCUGCAGCCAACUCCAGAGGUACUGUAGAGACCAAGAAUUGGAGACAGACUAGUUUGUGUAGACAUACAGCUAAACACUUUCAGGGCAAUCUGUCUGGAACUAGGAACCCAGGGGACGAUUUCCAAAGGCACAAAUGGCAAUUAGGCACCUAACUCCCAUUAACUUGUAGUGCAAAGUGCCUAACUGCCAUCUACACCUCUGAAAAUUCCUCUCCCCUUC